AUGUUAUCUACAGAUACAAUUUUGAUUGAUGAAAUUUUUCAUAUAAAUUCAGUAGAUUCUCAAAAAUUUGAUAGAGUCUCAAGAAUUGUUGCUAUUUCAUCUUUGCAAGAUAUAGAGAUGACUUUAGAUAUUAAUUCUGAAUUAUAUCCAUUGAAGCCUGAUGAAUCGAUUUCUGUCCAGCUUGCAUCAACGUUGCAAGAUGCUUUUAAAGACAGUGCUGAUUAUAUUAUGUAUGGGAAAGUUUAUAGAUUUGAUGAAGGAGAAAAGGAUCGAGUAUCCGUAUAUGUAAGUUUUGGUGGGCUUUUAAUGUGUCUUGAAGGUCCAUAUAAAAAACUUAAUCGACUUUCGCAUGAUCAUGUUUAUCUUUUUAUUCGGAAAUAA